AUGCUGCGUAGAAAUAUUAAAGCAACAUUACAUCAUCUAAUUACAGAGUAUUGUAUAUCAAUGAAUAGUUAUAAUCAAGAUGCUGCCCCUUUGAAAAUGGCAAUAAGCUGCCACAUUUGUACAAUCAAUCUACCACAAUUUCAGAUUAAAUUACACGAAUUGUUUGGUCAGCAAUCUGCUUUAACAACGCUUGCUGGCAAGGAUUAUACAAAAUACACGAGAGAUGAAGAUGUUCCGGCCGAUAUCCACUUAAAAAUGAUUACGUUGAUUUUCCCCUACGAAUUUCUCUCCGAAUUACUCAAAUCAAUAGAUUUCCUUCAAAUAUUUACAAAAAUUAUUUUAAAUUAUAAACCACAGAAGCAUGUCAAUGCUAUCAAGAGUGUCUUUAAUGCUAUUAAGAAGUUUGGCGCUAACAAUGAUAUAUCAAACAUUAAUCAAUUUUUUACCGCGAAUGAAAUUAUGUUUUUUGCCUUAGCAGAGCACUUAGUUACGAUCUUUACCCACAAGCAAAUGAUUAAUUCCAACUGGGAUCCGCUCAGAAACUUUUCUACCGUUGAAAAAAGUCGAUUAAUUGCAGAAGAAGAGUUUAAAGCUCUAAAUCUCAACCAAAAACUUCUCGAUCAUUUACAAAGUCAUCAUGAUAUCAUUGAAAAACUCAAAAAUCCUCUUCCAAGCAAAUCACUCAACGAAUUAAGAGAAAUUUGUGAGACAAAACCCGAAUUAGAGUUUGAUGAGAACGAGAAGAUUGAAAUCCCAGCUCUUCACCAUGUAGUUCUUGAGCUCCGAAAGAUGCCUCUCCAAUGUUCUCCAUCUGGAUUAUUAUUUACUUUAUCCAACGCUUUGACGAUGCUUACGAACGCUGUUUCUAUCGGAGGAGAGAUGGUAGGUGCCGAUGAGAUCUUCCAGUUCUUCGUUUAUUCCCUUUCCGCCGCAAAAGUUUGGUGUCUUCCUGCCAUGGCACUUUUUGUCGAAAAAUUUGUCGAUGAUGCCCUUUUAGAGACAAAAUUCCAGUAUUUAAUAACACAGCUGAACUGUGCCGUUGAGUUCAUUGAAGGUAGAAAGCUGUCGAUCAAGCCAUUCAUCAUUUUGCCACAUACAAAAAUGACUCCUGAAAUAGAAGCGAAACUUUCACCUGUUGACGACGAAAUCAUUGUUAUGAAGAGGUUUGCUGUGUAUGCAUAUCCAACAUUCACUGAGGAAUGUCAGACUGUUUUCCCAGGAAUGAUAAAAUACACAGGAAAACUCGAAGACCAAGCUUUCGUCAGAAAAUUUUCGUUGAAAGGAAGUCCUUCUUUUCUUGAUGAUUUUGAAAGCGUCGCCAGCUUGAAUGGAGCCAUUUUCCCACUGAAUCAGGACUACAUUGUUAAACACAAGAUGAUUAGAGUUGAUUCAGGAAACAUGGUUGAUUCUGCUGACGACAUCAACAGAUUUUCAACUUUGAUGCUGAUGUUUUCUGGAGAAAUAAACAAUCCAUCGACUGGAAAGAUAAACAAGGCUUUCUCCAUUGUGAAUGGCAUUUGGAAGAUGGCAAGCAAUGUAGCGAAACUGGAUCUGAUCGUUGCUGAUCUACAGAUGGCAUUGGUUUUCAUCGGAAAACUGCCUCCAAACUUUCAUGUCGACGGAAUAUUUAACCAUGACACUUAUAGAGCGCUUGUAGAACUUGUUGGAAAGCGAGGAAAGGUAGAACUAUCACCUAAAAUGUUCGAAAAUGUUAAGAAACUCGCUGAAGAAAAUAAAUAA